UGGGAGAGAGUGGGGGAAUGGCGUGUGAGGAAAGGGGCCGCCGACUGGAGUCAAAUUCAGGACACCCGCCAUGUGAGGCCCUGGUCUGUCACACCUGCAGAGGAGGGUUUGUAGGUCGAUGUUUCUUCAGAUCCACUGAGACCUGCAGUGACUCUCAGGACAGUUGCUUCUGGGGAAAACUGAAAUUCAACAACACCCGCUUGCCGAGCUGGGAGACUCGAGGCUGCAUGAACUCAACUGUCUGCAACCAAACUGAAGUGGGGACCCUGCUUUCUGUGGGGUACACAGUCACCAAAUCCUGCUGCAUGACCGACUGCUGCAACGGAGCCACGUCUGCACAACUUCCUCUCACAGCUGCUUUGGGUGCUGCCCUCUUGGCCAUGUGGGGCACCCAUAGUUUUUAAACCACGCACAGAUUCAUCAUGAAGGUGUUGUCUUUGAAUGCAGGCUUUGAUGCUCUCAUUAUUGUAGCUUCUUUGCCUUUUAAAGGGGGUUUUAUAGAUCGUAGAGAACGGAAAAAAGCUC